UUAUGGGUACAAAAAAUUAUUACCCUAUAGCUAUGAAAAUAAAUGCUCUUAUAUUUUGGGGAAAACAAACCAUUUAAGAAAUUAAAUUCACUCCCCUUCAACUAACGCUAGCAGACUCAGCGGUUCUCUGCCUCACUGGGCCCACCUCUGCUAUCUCCUUUAACACCCCCCACCCCCACUAAUUUUUCCCCUUUCUAGAUUCCCUUCGUGCUUUCUGCAUUUUCACGGUAACCAAAAUUAAUUCGUAUUUAAUUCAACCAUAUAUACACACACACACAUAUAUAUAUAUAUAUAAGUUUCUCAACUUUUAUUCAUUAACGGAAAAUAUAGUUUAUAUCGGAGAAUUGGAUCGGAAUUUUAUUUAUUUUGGGUUAGCCGGAGAUGGGCGAUUCUACGACGGCGGCGGCGGGGGGGCAGAAUUUAGGGGAAAGAGAUUUUGUAGAAGAAGCUUCUAGAAUUGUUGAACAAGCGAAGGAGCUACAAGAUGCAGCUGCUUCAUUGAUCUCCCGUACUACUCGUGAAGAAGAUUCGUUAAGGCAGAAAGCUAAGUCGCUUGAUUCGUUCGUUCAAGGACUCCGUUCUGCCGCUCGGAAAAGUAAAUUGGAUCCUAAUCAAGCUGAAAGGUUGGAAGAGGAGUUGUACAAAGCUAGUUAUGUAUUGAGUGAGGGAGAUGCUGCAGCUUUUCUGCCGAGCAAAUCUCAUGGAGGAUUUUUGAGGAUGUUUUUGGGUCCAGUUAAUGUUCGAGCUAAUAGAAAGGAUGUGCAAUUGAAAGUGAAAGAGGAAUAUAAUAGUUUCAGGGACAGGACAGCAUAUCUAUUCCUUCUUUUCCCAUCGGUGCUACUAGGCUUGAGGUCUUGGAUGUGGGAUGGAUGUUUACCAGCAUUGCCAGUUCAACUUUACCAGGCCUGGUUGCUUUACCUCUACACAGGUUUGGCUUUGCGAGAGAACAUUUUGAGAGCCAAUGGAAGUGAUAUUCGUCCAUGGUGGAUAAGACAUCACUAUUGUGCUAUGGCCAUGGCACUUAUAAGUCUUACCUGGGAAAUAGAAAGAGAACCUAACUGUUCACAGAAGCAGAGGGGUGUGCAACUGUUCCUGAAUUGGGCUAUCAUGCAAGGCGUUGCAAUGCUCCUUCAGAAUAGAUAUCAAAGGCAAAGACUGUACACUCGUAUUGCGUUAGGAAAGGCCAGGAGAAUGGAUGUGGUGUGGGGAGAAACUGCUGGAGUAGAUGGUCAAUUAUUGUUGCUCUUCCCUGUACUAUUUAUCUUGCAGGGAUUUGAAGCAUAUGUUGGAGUCUUGUUGCUCAAGACAGCAUUCCUUGGUGUUGUUUCUGAGUGGCAGGUUGUUACCUGUGGGAUCCUUCUGAUUAUCAUGGCAGUUGGAAAUUUUGCCAACACAGUGCAGACUCUAGUGACAAAGUCUCGGGUUAAAGCUAAAAUGAGGAGAGGUAAAAGUAGGCAAGACCUGAAAUCUGAAACUGGCGCCAAAAGUUCGUGAUCAGGCGUGGUUGGUCCAGUCUAGUAUCCUGGCUAUGAUGGACGGAGAUGCUUAGUUAUUCAUAUACUGUUUUCUCGUUCAUAUGAGUAGGCACCAUAAUGCUUCUUUGACACUGACUUUGGGCUUCAGAGGACAGUUGCAGGAAAUAGUCGUUCAUGCAGUCCCCCCAAGGAAUGAUUUUGUUUGGUUCUUUUUUGUUUUGAGUGUUUUCUUGCCUCAUGUUGAAAAUUUUAUGAUGAGAAGGGAUAUGUCUACAGUAAAGGAACUUUGACUCUCA